CGAAGGAUUAAUAUUUCAUUUUGUUAAAAUCUCGAUGCACCUUAUUCUACUUAUAUGUGUAAGAAUAUGAUUUUGAUAUCAUAUAUGAAAUAAAUAACUUUUAAUAUCGACUAUAACUAUAUCUACAUCAGCAGCGUAGAAUAUAUAAAGCCAAAAUAAACACUAAGAAGAAGAAAGCAAUAUGAUGUUUUGUACUCACGAAAAAAAUCCGUUAAUAUGAUCAGAAAUUUACUCUUAAGCAUAUGUAAUAUGAGAUUUUAUAUAAAUUUCACUACCUUAUCAUUUUAUAUAAAAUCAUUCAUGUAUAUAUACGUUUUCAUUUGAUCAUAAUUGUUUAGAAAAUUAUUAAUAAAAAAUAUACAAGAGCGCACGUGCGUACGUGUAUAUAUAAAUAUAUUCAUCAUCGUAUUCCAGAGUUGUAAUUAUUAGUGAUAGUAGUAUUUGUAUGUACGAGUUGUUGGAAGUCUAGGUAAUAUAGUUAGUCUGUAGGAAGGCUCAUACUAGGAAUCUAUUAUUACACUGGGUCGCUGUUUUAAACUCAGUCGGUCUUGGCAUCGCGAGCCGUGAGAACGCUUCAUUGUACACCUGAGCCGACAAGAGCCGCGCACAACGCGUUCAGUAUUCUCUCGAACCGGCUCUUUCUUCGUUCGUUCCUUGUUCUUUGUCCUCGCGAUUUUUCUCUUUUCGUUUAUAAAGUUAAAAUAUCACAAAUUCGAAUUAGUAACAUAUAUUAUUAGAAAGACGUGGUCAAGAUGCCGUACUAUGGCGACAGUACGCCUUAUUAUUAUGGGGGAACAUUUGCUAAUCAUAGUUCUCUUAUGACUGGAAUACCACGAAGUUACCACAAUCCAUUGUCUGCAAGAUUUGCACCACAUCUGUCGACGAUUACGGAAUCGUCGUUAAGCAAUCUACGACGUUAUUCACCUGUCAGCACGGUGACCACUCGCGUUAGACGAGUAAUUGACACUGCCGAUAUUGAUGUAUCGACUCCAAGAACUCUGUCAUCGAGGGAUGAAAAUCGGCAAAGAGGUAAUCGACUUCGCCGAGACAGGCCAACGAUAAAGAUAAGAUCGCAAGCAUUGAAAGAUAAUCCGGCGUUACGAGAGCACAAUGAAAAACAUGAAAAGAGCGUAGGCGAACUGCUGGUGGAAAAAUUUUUGAUAAAGGAUAAAAAAAGACUUGAGGAUGAGGAAUCUCGAACGCGUGUUUAUCAUCAGGUGAGUCUCGAUCAAGAAAACAAUACGCAGGAUUUUCAAUCGAUGCAGGGAAGAAUAACGCGAAGGAUGACGAGGAGAAGAUCAUCAGCCGAUAUUCAACUCGAUGCGGAACAAAUCCAACGAGAAGUUACUUAUGCUCAAGUCCAAGCGAAGGUUUUAGAUAGUUUGGUAGCAGAGGAGCAAGCUGAGAUCGAGGACGAAGUUAAAAGAGGUACUUUGAUUAGAAAAGGUAUUAUUAGAGGUUCUAGACCGAUCUCGUCUUUCUUUGGAGACAGUGAGGAAUCUCUAGAAGCUAAAGAUGAUGAAAACGAAACGGAAUUGAAGGUGAAGAAAACGUUUAAAAAGAUAAAAAAGAAGAAAAAGAUGAUGGAAAAAACAUCGCCUACCGACGAGGAGGAAAAAAAAGAAGAUACGCUUGAAAUGAGACAAUUGAGUACCUCUUUCAACGAAGCGCGUAGUAUGGAAGAUGCGAAGAAAGAUGAAAAUCAGGAUGAAAGUAAAUUUGGAAAACCCAUUUACAAAAUCGAAGCAUCUAACAGCGUCGGUGACUUUUCUACAAUUUGGAUUAACGCAACUUCGGAAAAUACGGAGGAAAAGGAAAGCGUUGAACAAUUCAGAGAAAGCAUUAGGAUUCCUGUUCCCAAAAAAGCUUUGGCUAAUGUUAAGCAGACUGGGGCCGUUGCCUCGGUGCCGGAAAAUGGUAUCCUUGAAGAAACUGAAACUAAGAUCGUGUUACCAGUUCGUAAACCUUAUAUCAAAGAUACAUCAAGGAAUAGUGUGUAUCUUACUUUAAAAACGCAAGAUAAAGAAAAGAAAAAAUUAAACAUUAAGGACAGCAACAUUUCUACUCUACAAAAAAUACCUAACGGUGUAGAUGCUCUCACGAAGAAAGAUUUAUUGAAGCUUCGAGUUAGAGACACUUUACAGAAAGUCCUAGAAAUCGGUAACGAGACUAACGAGGACGCUUCAUUCGAAAAAUCAUCGAAACUUAUCAAAGAGACGAAAGAAAAAGUCGUAUCUAACGAAACGAAAGUUGAAAAGAAUAAGAAAAUAGGAAAGGCAAUUAUCGAUAACGCGAAUUUAUCAAAACCUAAAGACGGCAUUAUAAAGAAAAGUGGAAAGGAUACAGCAUCGAAGGAUAGUAAUGCAGAAGUUAAAACGAUUAGCAUAGAUAGUUCAGAAAAAAAAGAAUCAAUAACAGCAAUGGAUAAAAGCUCGGAAACAUUGAAAGAGAAAAUAAAUGAUGUCAAGGGUAAACGAAUCGUUGAGAAAACGAAUGAAAGUAAAUUGACUUGUAAAGACAUCGAUAAUAAGAAAGAAGAAAAGAUGAAAAACAAUGUUGGCUUGUUGGCUAACGGUGAUACGAAGAACAAAUUAGGAAAAAUUGAAAAUGAUAUAUCGAUGAAUAGAGGAAUUUCUAUCUCUAAUGAUACGGGUGAAAACAGCGCCGCGGUGUCGUUGGUGCUUACACCGAACGCUUCGUGCCUGCCAAAACCGUCUAAAAUUAAUACGGAUGAAAAUAAUGCCGUAGAAGCGCCAGAGCUUUCGUUACGAGUAGCAGCGUACCUGGCAAAUCCACCAAAAAUUGAGAAUCUCGAGGACGCAGCUGCGUCAUUAGCGGAAAAUACAAUAAAUAAAGAGGAAACCUUGAAGAGGAUUUCUCGUGGGAAGAGAAUCGAUGUGGAGAACGUGAACAGUAUAAAAUCGAACGCAAUUGAUUCGAUGAUAGCCAAGUCCAAGGACGGUGACGAUCGUGCAAUGAAAUUAAAUGCGAAGAAUAAGGACUCCUCGAAUAUCACGAAGGACGAACUAAGAGAGACCGGAGACGCGAGUAAAUCGAAGAACAUGAGCUCGUUGAAAUCCAUGAUGGCGGGGGGAAAUACGAAAGAGGUCGACGGCACGGCGACCGUUUUAUCGCGGAACAUGCCAACGGAUUCGACGUACACCAACAAAACCGGUGCUGCGUUCCAGAACACCGUCUUGCGUAAAGGACCAUCGUUGAUAGUAAAACAAAGUGCAGAAUCUAUUCACGCAAAAUCUCUCAUGGGUAUGAGUGACAAAUUGAUUAAUGGGACUGAAAUAAUUAAUACACCGAUUAAAGAAAAGAUGGAAGAUUUGUUGAAGAGCGAAUCCACAGAAUCAAUAGAUUUCUGGAACGAAAUCAAAAGUAACGAACCAAAACAAAUGCAAUCUGUCGAUAAUUCCAAAGUGGAAUCAAUUUCUUCAUCGUCGUCAUCAUCGUCGUCAUCGUCAUCGUCAUCGUCAUCGUCGUCAAUAAAAAAACAACCAGACGAUAAGGAAAAAGAAACUGAUCUUAAAAUAAGCGUUGCACCCUACACUCCGACAUAUUUGUCCAGUAAUAUCACAACGACGACGACGGCGACAGCGACAGCGACGACGACGGCGACAGCGACGACGACGACGAUGGCGACAACGAAGACAACGAGUUUUCUAGAAAAGCAACAACGAGGAACGAUCGUAAAAAGUCCUCUCAAUGAGAGCAAAUUUAUUAAGAACAAAGAGGAAGUUACGUCUCCAGAAGUACAAGGAGAAGCUGGAAAGGAGAACAAAGAAGCAGUAACGGGGGAAAAAAAGAAAAUACGUAAGAAGGCGGAUCUUGUUAUCUCAAUACCACCCUCAUCGAAAGAUGUGUCUUCGACGGUAAAAAGAAAAAAUCCCCUGAUUAAAGAAACCACUCCAUCUUCAAUAGUGUCACCUUCUACGCCAACUCAAUCUCAAUCUGAACUUACUACACCUUUCAGUGGGAUACCUUCUACCGCAGUACCCUUGAUAAAUAUUGUCGAAGCGUCACCAAUUAACGAAUCUCAAAUACAGGAUAUAGACGAAGAAGAAGAGAGUCCUAGCACACCUACCAAUGAAUGGACCAACUCACCUAUCGCACUGAUCUCAAAAUGGAGCGAUCACGAUAAUUUUGCUAAUGUCGAUGAUCAUGAGAAAACUGUGACACCUGCCUCUUCCAACGAGGCCAGUCUUGUAGCGACACCCAACGAUAGUCAGCAAGCUAGUCCGGAAUCCUCGAAGAAAAAUAAAAAGAUUGUUAAGAAAAGGAAAUCGAGCUCGAAGACGAUCAGUAACGAAGAGGACAAGAACGAGAAGAAGGAUAGCAAAGGAUCACGCAACGAGACGAUAUCAAAGCCUCGUCAAGAAGCAACGAGCACUUUGAAACCACCUGAAAGCAGUUUGUCGCCAAGAUUAAGUCCUAGGAACUCGCCUACUCAGAGACCGAUCGAUCUAAUAAGAAUGUUUUAUACUACACCAUCUGCUUUACUCACUGCUACGCCAAGAGAUCUUUCCAAAGUUAGACGAGCAAAGAUCAAAAGAAAGAGACAUCAGUCGCGAACACCAUCCGUGAGUAGCGAUAGUACCGGAAGUACCGCCAGUACGGCUACUACCGGUAGCACCGAUGGUAGCAGUGCUUCGACUUCCACCGAAUUGGACGACGAUCCAGAGCACAAAAGGAUGGCUUCGACAAGAAGCAACGAUUCUGGAUUCGACGGUUCACCAAGGAUAUCCAAUUGCGAUAUGGCCUGUCAUAAAAAAUGUGAAAAACUCACAGGGAAUCUUUGUGGAUUGAAUCAAAAGCUCGUUGCAGAAGCUUUGCAAGCUCUUAAAAAGGCUCCAUCGCAAUCAUUAGAAAAUCAAAGAAACUCAGACACGCCGGAUCAUUUUCCAAGUGGUCGUAUUACACCACCGGCCAUAAAUCUGCCAAGAUUCAAAAAGUAUGCCGUGACGGAUUUUAACUUUCUCAAAGUCCUGGGUAAAGGUAGCUUUGGCAAAGUAUUACUAGCAGAAUUACGUGGCACAGAAUGUGUUUAUGCGGUUAAGUGUCUGAAAAAGGACGUUGUCCUCGAAGAUGACGACGUCGAGUGUACGUUGAUUGAACGUAAAGUUCUUACAUUGGCUACAAGGCAUCCAUAUCUCUGUCAUCUCUUCUGCACCUUCCAAACAGAUUCGCAUCUCUUCUUCGUCAUGGAAUAUCUUAACGGAGGAGAUCUUAUGUUUCAUAUACAAAAAUCUGGUCGAUUUCCCGAAGUUCGUGCACGUUUCUAUGCCGCCGAAAUUUGGUCCGGCUUGAAUUUCUUACAUAAGAAGGGUAUCGUUUAUCGUGAUCUUAAACUCGAUAAUGUGCUCUUAGACUUUGAAGGGCACAUUAGGAUUGCUGAUUUCGGUAUGUGUAAAUUACAAAUAUUUUUGGAUAGAACCGCCGACACCUUCUGCGGUACACCAGAUUAUAUGGCACCUGAGAUUAUAAAAGGAUUGAAGUACAAUCAAGCUGUAGAUUGGUGGUCAUACGGAGUUUUGUUAUAUGAAAUGCUAACAGGUCAAUCACCAUUUUCUGGUUGCGACGAAGAUGAAUUAUUUUGGAGUAUCUGCAAUGAAAGACCUUUCAUACCUCGAUACUUGAGUCAAGAAUCAACAGAUAUGCUGGUCACUUUGCUAGAAAAAGAUUCUGGGAAGAGGCCGCCUGCUCACGAAAUUGCAGUACAUCCUUUCUUUCAGUCUUUGCCUUGGGAUCGGCUAGAAAGGAGACAGCUUGAACCUCCCUUUAAACCAGCUUUGGAACAUACCUUGGAUACCAAAUAUUUUGACACGGCAUUCACAGCUGAAAGACCGCGACUCACGCCUAUACCCGAACAAAUUUUAUCUUCGAUGGAUCAAGGCGUUUUUCGUGGAUUUUCAUAUACGAAUCCAAAUAGGAUGUUUAGUUCCUUAAGAUUGGCGACGAUGCGGUCGCACAAAAGUCGAGCCAGACCUGGCAGUGUGGCCACGUCGGCAAGUUCGGAUUCCGGUAGAGCAGAGGAAGUUCCCCCACUUCUCUUUCAUCCCCCGAGUUUUUUGCUUCUCGAUGAACAGGACGGCAAUAUAUCGUCACCGUCAAGCGUAUCUUCUAAAGUCGCACAAGUCAGAGUAGAACGCGAGGGUGGUAGUCUUGGUGUCACUCUUCGCGGUGGAGUUUCCAGAGCUCUCGUUGUCACGGGAAUAAAAGCCGAUGGUCCAGCUGCAAAAGAAGGAAGAGUUAGACCUGGUGACAGAUUACUUGCGGUCGAUGAUACCGAGUUGAGUGGUUUAACUUUAGCCGAAGCUCAAAGAGCACUUAGAAGAAGUUCAGAUUCACCUGUGGCUUCUCUAACUAUCGAGUAUGAUGUCGCGAACAUGGACGAAGCUCGAGCAGCAACGUCCGGCUCACUCUUGGUCCAACUCGAACGUGGACUUUCAGGAGAACUAGGUCUAACCGUAAGGGAAACACCUAAUGGAGUUUAUAUCGAGAGUCUUCGACCAGCAAGUACCGCAGAUCGUUGUGGCGCAUUACAGCCAGGAGAUAAACUUCUGGCGGUGGAUGAUACACCGGUACAAGAUGCGGUCACUGCAGCUAAAUUAUUGAGAAAUACUUCGGAAAAUUGUCGUAUAGCAAAGUUACAGAUUCUACCAAGAUUACAAAGUACGUCAGCGAGAACGGUUAAAAGAAGAGCGCAACCUCAAGUGCAACAAAGCUCAAAUCAAACUUUGCAAACGAAGGAAAGUUUGACAGUGAUACUUCGACCUGAUCAUAGGGGUUUUGGUCUCGCUUUGAAACAAACAGAAGAUCGUAUAAAUUAUGUGAUAAAUUUUUUGGAAGCUGGUGGUCCGGCAGAACAAAGCGGUGUUCUAUUACCUGGUGAUCGAGCGAUCGCUAUUAAUCGUACUAUAUUGCGCGACUUGAAACCUACAGAUGUGGCUGAUAUUUUAGAAAAUUCACAAAUGAUUGAACUUGUUACGGAGUACAAGGUGGGUGGUCCGGUUGUACCUAACUCUGGUGUUUUUACUGUAAGAGUCGCAAGACCUCUAGGUGGGCAUCCUGAUCUAGGACUUACUGUAAACGAAGAUUUAGUUAUAACCGAAGUUCGCAAAGGUUCUCUCGCAUAUAGAACAGGUAGUUUAGCAUCGGGAGAUCGCAUACUAGCUAUCGACAAUCAAAAAUUAGAUGCCGGUGAUCUGAGACAAGCCGCGCAAUUACUUCACCGACCAGGAAGUUCUGUAGUUGCUCUAACUGUAAGAAAGUCUGACCCACUUUCAGAAACAAGAGAUUAUUGUAAGGAAUCAAGUAUAGGAAGUGAUGUAGUACCCACUCAAUAUCCUUCAACUAUCUUACGUUCUGCCAGAGAAAGUUUGCCCAGUGUUGAUAGUGCAGUGGAUUCUUGGGGAGAAUUAGGAGAAAGUAGUGGAGCAGGCCCGGAAAUAUUAAGACUGUGGGAUGCGGUUUCUGUGGACAGUGGACAAUUAGAUCCUCCGACACCACCUUAUCAAAACUCUCAAGAACACGGUGUAUCAGAUAAUAGACCUCAACAAAUAAUACACGUAUCACUGCACAAGGAUCCAGUUUACGAAGAUUUCGGAUUUUCUGUCUCCGAUGGACUUUACGAACGUGGCGUAUAUAUAAAUCGUUUAAGACCUGGUGGACCUUGCGAUGGAGUUUUGCGACCUUACGACAGAAUUCUACGUGUUAACGAAGCAAAUACAGAAGACUGCGACUGUUGUUUGGCCGUACCCCUAAUUGCCGCUGCUGGUCCACGUUUAGAUUUGACUGUGGCUAGGCCACUAUCACCUCAGGACAUCGUAAAAACUUUGUAGGGCAUAAUGUAGUAUAUUUUAUAUCAAUGAUGCUGCUGCGAUACUAAUGCCACUGGUAUAUUUUUGUACGCAUGUGUUUAUUUAUAAAAAUAAAUGUACUAUAGAUUGCUUUUAGCUAAAACACCUUUUCUUGCAUACAAUUUUUCACACAUACAUACUUCGCACUGAUUCAUAACACACCAACUGUACAAUAUCUUUGCCGGAAGUAUGUAAACGAACAGAUGUUUAUACAAGUGCAAAAAUUAAGAGAUACAUUAUUAUAAAUUAAUCUAACAUUCAAAACAAUGUACCUGUACAUUUAUAGUCAUUACGCAUAUCUACAAAUAGUCAACGUUACAUUGUAACAGGAUAAUGUCUUAAGAAACGCAAAAUCGUGCAUUACUUAUUAAAACUUACACGCUCGUAAUGAAUACAUUACAAGCUAGGAAACUGGUUUAUGGCCAAUGUUCUUAGCCUUAAAUUAGAUACAGUAACUCAUUUUUAUUGCAAACUUGAAUUUAUUAAUUGUAUUAUUUCAUAAUAUUUAAAUAAUUGUUGCUAAUUGUACCAGCAAUCAGCUGUUUUAAAAAGGUCCAUGUGCAUUUGAAAUUAUAUAAUUUUACCUUACCAGCAGGUUUGAUUUUAAAAGAAAUUUAUCGAAUCAAGAAAUAGAUUGUUCCAAAAUUAUCUACAAGUUCUACAAAGUAUCGCUCAAAAUUAAGGAGAAAUAUGAAGGUCUAAAUACACUAGCACA